GUGAGGUACACAAUACCCUUCCACAUUGAAUAAAUUCUCAAUCUCUGAAAAUGGAAAAAAGCAUUGAAUGGUAAGUGAAGUUAACAAACCAACCAUCUUCCACUAUCCCAACCUACACGCCACUCCAAGUCCUAUAGGAAGGGAGGAAUAAUAUUUCAUUUCUCAUUCUUUAUAAUCUCAAAAAAUAAAGGAACCAUGGAAGGGAGAAUUGGACUUUUGUUUAUUGUGGUACUAGGUUUUGCUCUGGCUUGUGAUGCAAGAGGACUUGCAAACCCUUGGAGCAUCAUUGCUGCAAACUCAGCCUCUUCUGAACUAGGCAGAAUACCAGAUGUGUGUGCACUUUGUGAGGAAUAUACUACCAAGGCACUUGAUUAUAUAAAUGAAAACAAGACUCAGAGUGAGAUCAUUGAUAUUCUUCAUAAUACUUGUCACCAGCUUCACACUUUUGAGAAGAAGUGCAUCAACUUGGUGGACUAUUAUCUGCCACUUUUCUUCUCAGAAAUGACCUCAGUUCAGCCUGGAGAUUUCUGCAAUAAGGUCAAUCUCUGCCAGAACAUUGCUAAUAUUUCCUUAAAAGUUCAAGAAAAUACCUGCGAGUUUUGCGAAGAAACUGUUUCAUCUCUAUUGGAUAAGAUAAAAGAUCCUGACACAGAGCUGGAGAUAAUUGAGAUACUACUGAAAGUGUGCAAUUCAGUGGACAAGUUUGGGAGCAAGUGCAAGAAGAUUGUUCUAGAGUAUGGUCCCUUGGUAUUUGAAAAUGCAGAGAAAUUCCUGGAGAAGACAGAUAUAUGCACUGCAUUACAUGCUUGCAAGGAAUCAACAGUAGUACUUGAAAAGUCCUUUCUUUCGGACCUCUUAAGUAUCUUUUAUGGAAACAAUAUUUUUAUCAGAAUGGUGCAAUUGCUGAAGAUUGCUCUAUUUUGAGACACCACUAAUGUAAAGUAUUUUAUACUAUUGGCACAUCAUAAAAAAUGUUAGUUUCUAAGAAGUGCUUGUGAGAUAGUCAACCUUGUUUAAUCCAUUAUUGAAGGCAACCUAAGUUAAAUUUUCAAAGAUGUUAUCCAUAUAUAUAUGCUUAUGAUGUUCAUUUUGAAAGCACAUGAUAUUGAUACUUGUUUCAGAAUGAAUUUCCAAUUACUGCUGUAAAAGUUUAAAUAUUUUUGCUCA